GAAAAAAGUAUAUCCUUAGAAAGUAGAGAAAAAGAUAACAAGGAGCAGUUAUCAUAAUCUCAAUCCUCGAGCAGUAUGUCAAAGUCACGAAUUGAGCAGGACUUGGUAGCUCAGUCUUGCAGGUAUUGUGUUGGGUUGUGUUUUCUUGGGUUUGUGGGUACUCUGCACUACUUGUUUUGUGGUGCUCUAGAGGAGGAGAAUGAGGAUGGCAAAUUGUGUGUGGGGGAAGAACGGCUUAAAUGGAUUGUAUGGGAAUGGGUGGCAAUGGCAGCAAUUGCGUUUGUGGGUGUUAUGGUUGAUGGGGUGUUUUGCAAGAUCCCGAAGACAUGUUUUUGUGAGCACGAUAUGAACACUUUCAUACACUUGGAUUGCAUAUCAUCACUCCAGAGACGAGUUCUGCUUGUAGAGGACACAAAAAUCAAUCGAAUAAUUUUGCGGAGAGUUCUUGAGAAUCUUAAUCUUCACUGUGAAGAAGCAGAAAAUGGAAAGAUUGCAGUGGAUUACAUCAAACAAGGAAGGACAUAUGAUCUUGUAUUGAUGGACAAAGAAAUGCCCGUCAUGGAUGGACAUGAGGCAACAAGACAACUAAGAACAAUGGGGGUUAAGACGCCCAUUGUUGCGUUGAGUGCAAAUAGUCUGCAAUCUGAUAAGGACCUUUUCUUUGAAGCUGGUGUGGAUGACUUUCAAGCUAAGCCUCUUUCCCGAGACAAACUUGUGGAGUUGUUAGCUCGGUAUGGGCUUCAGAGUUCAUGUACUGAGAAAUAGAAUAAAGUGGGCUGAAUAAUGAAAAGCUAAACAGUUUCAUUGUACCAUAACAGGGAUGUUGUUUCUUUACAGAUAAGCAAAAGUGAGAAGAGCAUGUGCAAAGGAGUCAGACAUUUCAGCUUUCUAGUGAAGCAAUUCCUUCAGCUUCUGAGACAUAUUUUAUGCAGUGUGUUACAUUGGCCUCAUAAAGUUGUUAUAUUAUUGUAUAUAUAUUAUAUAUUCAACGGAAGGUAAAAUAAUCUCUAAAAA